AUCAGAGAGAGAUAAGAAAAAUGUUGUGCCCAAUGGAUUUCAUUGUUUUUAUCUCUUGUGUGGUCCUCCUCAUUGUCCAAUCAUGUCAUGGUUCUGAGAUUAUUGGUGGGAAAGAAGUGGCUCCCCACUCGCUGCCUUUCAUGGCUCUGAUGCAGCCUACGUACUGUGGAGGGACCCUGAUCCAUCCAAAAUGGGUCCUGACUGCUGCCCACUGUAACAUUAAGAAAGUGAUUCUGGGAGUGCACUCCAUUAAAGGAAAGGAAAAAGAUUCCAGGCAGGUCCGCAAGGUGAAGAGUUUUCCUCAUCCCAGCUAUGAUGAAAUAACGUUGAUCAAUGACCUCAUGCUGCUCAAGCUUGACAAACCGGUGAUGCAAACCAAGACGGUGAAAUGUCUCCCGUUGGGGGACACCAACAAAUAUCCAGCAGCUGGCACCAGCUGUCUGGUGGCUGGAUGGGGAAUAACAAACGACAACGCCACGACUCUUUCAGAUGUCCUGAGGUCUGUCCAUGUGACCGUGAUCGAUAGAAAGAAGUGCAACUCUCCUAAGAAUUACAACGGGAAGCCUGUUAUCACCAGCGGGCAGAUAUGUGCUGGUUCAGUCGUUGACGUGGUGGCUGAUACCUGUGCGGGGGAUUCAGGAGGCCCACUGUUGUGCAAUGGAGCCCUGGUUGGUGUCACUUCUUUUUGGAAUGAGUGACAAGUGUGUACUGUUUUCUCUCAAAAAAACAAAUCAUCUGGAUCAAGAAGACAAUGAAAAAGUCUGAAAUAUAGCCAGCCCAGUUCGUUAACG